UAACAGCCUUGUCCAACCUGGGAGUGGUUUACAGCGAACAGGGGCGGCUACAGGAGGCGGAGGCGGCCUACCGCGGGGCCCUCAGCCACGCUCCCACCAUGGCGGACACCCACUUUAAUCUAGGACUGCUGUUGGCGUCUACGGGUCGGCCGCAGGAGGCGAUAGACAGCUACCGAGCAGCACUCUGGAGUCGGCCGUGGCUGGCACAGGCCCACCUAGGCCUGGCAGGAGCCCUACAGCAGCUGGGGCGCCACGCUGAGGCCAUUAAGGUGUUAGAGGCGUGCCGUGGGACCGGCUCAGCACCUGCUAGGGACAGCUGGAGCCACAGCUGGGCCGUCACCACCUGUCGCCAGAGGCUGGCCAGGGCGCACAUCCUAUCCGGCCGCCCACACGCCGCCCUGGAGGAGGUGGCGCACGCCCUCACGCACGCCCCCGACGGGUACGGCACCCACUCCCUGCACACCCUGGCCGCCGAGGCCCACCUGGAGGCCGGGGAGCACGCAGAGGCCCAAGCCGCCCUCUCCCGCGCCCUCGCCGCCCACCCGCACCACAUCCCCGCCCAUCUCACAUUCUCCAGGAUGUUGCAGGCAAAUGGAAGUCGUGUGGAGGAGGUGGAACAGUGGCUCCGUCGGGCGGUGGCUCUGGCGCCCAACGACCCCCACGCCCACAAACACCUUGGUCAGCUGCUGUUGGAACAGGACCGUGUUGAAGAGGCGGUCGGGGCGUGGCUGAGGGCCGCGCUCCUCGACUCCACGGACCACACGGCCGCCUUCAACGCCGCCACGGCCCUCAGACUCGCCGGCAGGAACCAGCACGCUGAGACCUUCUACAGGAGGGCCGUCCAGCUGCGACCCAAGGAUGUCUCGAGCCACCGUAACCUUGGUGCCAUUCUUCACUUGAAUGGCAAGCUGGAUGAGGCACGUAAGCACUAUGACGAGGCACUGGCACUGGCACCCGGCGAUCCCCAGACCACUACCAACCUGCAGAGACUCUCGGCGCUUGUUAACAAGAAGGGCCUCUCCUAGUGGGCCUACGGCUGCGACCACCACACACUCUGUGGGCGUCGUGCCGUUGUUAAGGAUCCCCUAAUAUAUCAGGAGCUCAAUUUGUAGACGAUCCCAGACAAUGUUUUGCAUUGGUUUCUGUGAUGGAUCCAUAGUAUUCCUGUUUAUCCUGUAUGGAAGAAUACUUGGGUGAGGCAGCCGGCGAGAAGCACCAGUGCCGUUGCCUUCUUCUGUCUGCUGGAGUGAGUCGGUCUUCCGCAGGAGCUCCACAUCGUGGUUCUCGACUCCGCGGUGACUAACAACGAGACAACAGAACCAAAAUAUAUUUACAAGAUUUGUUUUAUUAGAUGCUAUACACCAUUAUAUCUCCAUUAUAUCCCCAAAAAAUCAUUCACCAUGUUUUUAUGAAUCUUUGAAUGCUUCAUUACUCUUUAUUUUAUAAGGUUUGCCACUGGGAAGUGAUAAGGGAGAAAGUCGAACUAGAAGAAUAUCCCAAGACUUUUCCUUCAACUUGGUAAUGUUCUUUCUGGCCACCGUGCCACUAAUGACGACAUAAGUUUUCCCUCAACGUGAUAUUUUACCAUGUACAUACUACCCAGCCUUCCAGAGUUAUGUUGUGCCAGCUUUUCCUCCAUCGGAGGACAGCAAAGGCACUCUAACUCCAACUGAUCAUUUCCAAGUAAAGCUCUCCGUACACCAGAUGAUGAUGAUGAUGACAAUCCCGUACCUAAGACACCUGUUCUCGAAGUAAUUCCAGAUCUUUUUUUGCAUCAGUAUCCACCCUGUUAAGGCGGCCUUCAGGAAAGCUUUACUCUUGAAGACGUGUGUUACAAGGUUCUUGGGAGAAGCUCUGCCCUUGAAGACAAAGUUCUUCUCUGUGUCCCUCUGUGGUAAACGGCCUAUACAUCGGUGUUCUGUGUGAUAUUUGUUAACAUUUCCUUCGCUAAUAUUGCAUUAUUAUCAAACAACUAAUCGCUUUCAACGUGAGUAAAGAUCCUUUAUCAAAUUGUUUACUCCUAAAAAAAAAGGGGAUUUUCCAUCCCUUAAUGGUCAAUCCUGUUAACAUGACCGCUCUCCUUUCUUGCGACCCUCCCAGGAAUUGUGAAGCCCAGUGAGAUUAAGGUUAAAAUUACAGCGAACUUUAUCUAUAGAUUAUUGUGCGGUUAUGUAAUGAGAACGAUUCCAAGUUAAUGUAAGGCAUCGCUGCCACCAUCGCCUCCAGAACUGCUCGUUAGCACACAGAACUCCUCACCAGAUGAGGAUACAAUCUUCACUUGAGGCACGACCACUUCUGGACCUUCAGCGACGUCACUCGUUAAACUAAACAACAUAAUUCUGUGUCAUAGUUUGGACAUUCCUUAACAUCAGUCUGUGAUAUUUGCCAAGAAUAUUCCAUAACAAUAUGGCACUAGUUUUAUCCUCCUUACACUCACUUCUUCACAUAUUGUGUCAUAUCCUGUUUUCCUUUGAAGAUCAAUGGCCGUGAAGAUAAGGAUAUAACCAAAUAUAUUAAGCUUCCAUUAAUCAACAAAUCAUUGUGCAGCCGACAGCGUCUUAAUGUACAAAGUCCAUCAGUGCUCUUGUCCCAGUGCUUAUGACGAGAAAGGGGUUGAAUUCCGGUGGCUGGCCUUUGUCUGCCUCUCCUCUGCCAGUGUAUUUAGAGUUGCUGGAAGCCGACGGAGAUAUUUCAUGGACCAUGGACGUGUAGGCCAGUCAGUGGUCUACUGGGAGUGACCUGGCCCAGGUUACCCUGCAAAGUCUUGUGUUUUCCCGUUCGGGUUAAUAGUAACCUGUUCUGUAGCUUUUCGACAUGAAAUGUUCAAGACUGAAUUUGGAGGUUAUUUAGAGUUGUCUAGAUAAGUCUUGAACUACGUUAGUAACUUUAUUUGCUUUUCAGCAAGUCACCAAGUCGAGCAGUAUUUUCUUAGAACCAAGAGGAACUCGGUAGACCUUGCAGUAACUCAUUAAGUACUCGAGUAGUCAAUUGAAAUAGUUUCUUCACCAGGCCUAGUGCGACUUGGUAGGCGUAGCACCAAGCCUCACCAGCGGAUCUUGUAGAGGCUCACCGGACUUACAGAGCAUCGAACAGGCACUCUAGGAUUCAUGGCGUGUUUGGGUGGAUUGGGGAGCUCAUCAGGUCAAGUGUAGGAGACCAGAGUUCCCACUUAUCCAAAGACCUCCUUGUCACUCCAGCUUCAGUUGGCUUUCAUCGAGUUCCUCAAGAACUCGACGCAGGUCUAAAGAAAUGGAGACGGGACCACGGGACGAAGAGGUUGAGGCCGACAAAGAUCCAAGAGCUUGCCCAGAUCAGACUCUUCUCGACUCCCUCACUUGGGAUUGUAUCAUUUUUAAUCAACAGUAUUCACAUCGAUACAGCCAUUUUCUCGUCAGUACGUACCAGUGUGAUCAAAACAGAGUAUUGCCUCGAAGCGGACGUUCAUAGCUGAAAGUACAUUAGUGCGUAUAUGGACGUGCGGUGUAUGUUUGAGUACCUCGGUGGGAUCACUCUGAAAUGUGUAUAAGCAGUCUGGCUACCCAGACGAUACCAACAAAAUUGAAUCAUCCCCCGAGGUAAGAUCAUGUAUAUAACCUGAACCAAAUAUAUCGAUUUUUUAAGGACCCCAUUUUUUUCAAAAGUUUCUUCACUAAGCACCCUGAAGUGAAGUCCUCUCUCCUUCCCCUCCUCCUCCUCCUCCUGCUCUCCUCUCUCUUCAUUCCCCCUCCUCCUCCUCCUCCACCCCCUUCUGGUCUAACAUGUGCCUAAGCCUCUCACCACAACAAGCCAUAUUUAUGACGUGUUCGGCGCCUUUCGGCCUUCAUUUGCCAGCUAAUAUGUUGCUUUAUGUCUGUAGACCGAACCUUUUCACUCCCAUCAUGAUUCGGAAAUCUCUGAAAACAAAAACGAAACGUCGGAUUUUCACUGGCGCUUUCAAACGAUCAUGUAAUUCAUCAUUCUCGACCAUAUUGCUGCUUUAACUAAGGGCGAAAGUCGCUGAUCAACAAGUAUAAAGGAGUCGUAUUAUACAUUGGUGUUUCUACCCUGAUAAUUAUGUGCCGAUGAUAGUGAUAUGUUAUCAUUAAUAUCAAAUAUAUUAUACGUGUUCAUUA